CAGUCGAAAGCAAGACAGUGAGGAAGAAAGUUCGAGAAGCAUUGUAGUGAAAAAAUAUACAUAGGCGCAGCGCCGUGUGGUUCUGGGAUAUCCUCACCAGGUGGAGCUUUUAUCAACCGUACACAAUGAAUAAUAAUAAUGAAGCAGGAGCGGAGAGUUGCAGUACAGAUGAACAAGACGAAAUGGUUGCGACGGAGCGUGAACUAGCAGAAGAUGCGCAAUGGAAACGUAUCCAACAAAAUACCUUCACCCGAUGGGCAAACGAACAUUUAAAGACAGUCAACAAACACAUUGGCAACUUGGAAACGGAUUUAUGUGAUGGCUUGCGACUUAUAACCCUCAUUGAAGUGUUAUCCGGCAAAAGGCUACCGAAACAUAACAAACGGCCAACCUUCAGAUCACAAAAACUAGAGAAUGUCUCCGUGGCGCUUAAGUUCCUGGAGGAUGAUGAGUCGAUACGAAUUGUGAAUAUCGAUUCAACAGAUAUUGUGGACUGCAAGUUGAAACUCAUUCUUGGCUUGAUAUGGACGCUGAUCCUUCAUUAUUCCAUUUCUAUGCCCAUGUGGGAAGGAGAAGAAGAACCUCUAUAUGGCGAAGGGAAAGGUCCUACACCCAAACAGAGAUUAUUACACUGGAUCCAGAGCAAACUCCCAGAUCUUCCUAUUACAAACUUCACAUCUGACUGGAAUGAUGGCAAAGCUGUUGGAGCAUUGGUUGAUGCUGUUGCACCAGGGCUCUGCCCGGAUUGGCAAGACUGGAAUCCAAAAGACUCUCUCCAAAAUGCAUCAGAGGCCAUGGGUCUGGCAGAUGAUUGGUUGAACGUUAGACAGUUAAUCAAACCAGAAGAACUGGUGAACCCAAACAUGGAUGAAAUGUCAAUGAUGACAUACCUCUCACAGUACCCAAGUGCGAAGUUGAAGCCAGGAGCACCCUUGCGACCCCGUACUAACCCCAACAGCAUUCCUCCGCCUCGAGUACGGGCAUAUGGCCCCGGAAUUGAACCAUCUGGACCUGUGGUUGGAGCACCAGCAAACUUCACUGUUGAAACAUUCUCUGCUGGUAAAGGCCAAAUUGAUGUCACUGUGGAAAACCCCAAUGGACAACUGGAACCUGUUGAUAUUCGUUUCAAUAAGGAUCGUAAUUUGACAUACAGUGUGUCUUACGUUCCUCGUUUGGAAGGAAAUCACAAAGUGUCUGUAAAAUUUGCUGGACGUGAAAUACCAAAAUCUCCUUACACUGUUGCUGUGGAAGGUCAUGCAGGUGAUCCAAGCAAGGUUACAGCUUCAGGACCUGGGUUACAGCCUGAUGGUGUAAUGAUAAACCGACCAACAUACUUUGACAUCUCUACCAAAGAUGCUGGUCGUGGAGUUCCAGAAGUCAUCAUUCUUGAUCCAUCAGGUCACAAAAACACAGUGCCAGUGAAAGUGCGUCCUAUUUCUCAAGAUGUGUGGCGAUGUGAAUAUGUGUCCCCAGUCGUUGGUUUGCAUUCUGUCAAUGUGUUCUUUGCAGGACAACCCAUACCCAACAGCCCUUAUGGGGUGAGAGUGGCACCAGUGUCAGAUGCUAAGAAGGUGAGGGCCUCAGGCCGAGGUCUGCAGCCAAGUGGAGUACGGGUAGGCGAUGUUGCUGAUUUCAAGAUUUACACAGAAGGAGCAGGAGAAGGAAGCCCAGAAGUGCGUGUUAUUGGACCAGGUGGGGUAAAUGAACCAGUGAAGAUUCGUAAAGUGGAUGGCACAUCCUAUGAAGCAGUUUACCAUCCUCGCAAAGAAGGGCGACAUGUUGUGAUGGUGUCAUUUGCUGGACAGGAGAUUCCACGAUCACCAUUUGAUGUGAAUGUUGGUCCGUACAAGCAGACCAGAAUCCAUGCAUAUGGACCAGGCUUGGUAGGUGGUGUAGUGGGGUACCCUGCCCUCUUCACCGUGGAAACAAAUGGAGAAACUGGAGCUCUAGGUUUCAGUAUUGAGGGUCCAUCACAGGCAAAAAUUGACUGUCAUGACAAUGGUGAUGGUUCUGCCGACGUGCGAUACUAUCCAACUGCCCCAGGGGAAUAUGCUGUACACAUCUUGUGUGACAACGAGGAUAUUCCAAAAUCACCAUACAUUUCUCAGAUUCUUCCAAGUACAGACUAUUACCCUGAUAAGGUUGAGUGCUUUGGUCCUGGUGUGCAGCGUGAUGGAGUGAGUAAAGGCCAACGGGCGCAGUUUACAAUUGAUACACGACGUGCAGGAUCAGCCCCUCUUGAUGUCCAAGUCCUUGAUGCCAACUACAACAACAUUGAUGUAAAUGUUCGUAGUAAUGGUGAUGGUACAUACACUGCAGAAUAUGUCCCCAAGACUGGCUCACGCCAUACAGUGCAGGUGAACUAUGGUGGUGUAGCAACUCAUAACAGUCCCCAUAGGGUGUUUGUGUCAGAACCAGCUAAUGCUGCGAAGGUGCACAUCUUUGGUCCAGGAGUCGAGAAAGGAGUGAAGUGCAACACAGACACACACUUCAAUAUUGACUGCAGAGAGGCGGGACAAGGUGACAUCCAGAUGGCACUGACUAGUGAAAAAGGAACAGAUGUUCCACUUACUGUGACUGACAAUGAGGAUGGAACGUUCACAGUUGACUAUCGUGCACCAACACCUGGGAACUACACACUGAAUGUUCUAUAUGGUGGAGUUACUGUGUCUUGUUGUCCACUCAAAGUACCCAUUCAACCUCAUGUUGAUGUUUCCAAGAUAAAGGUGGAUGGAUUGGAACCAACGGCCCCCGUCAACAGUUUGCAGCAAUUCCGAGUGAUCACACAAGGUGCUGGUAAGGCAGACUUUGCAGUUGCUAUAACUAGUCCUUCAGGAAGUCGAGUGAAGGCACAUGUAAUACCAACAUGUGAAGGAUUUCUGGUGAACUUCACACCAACAGAACUUGGUGAAUACCUUCUCAGUAUAUCAUUCGGUGGAGAACCAGUAUCCCCGACUCCUUAUCGUCUUUCAUGUACAACUGGCAGUGAGCCUGGCAAAGUGUGUGCUUCAGGACCAGGGUUAGCCCGUGGUAUUGUGGGUAAACCUGCAGAAUUUCGCAUUGAUACAAGAGGUGCAGGACAAGGUGGUCUUGGUGUUACGGUGGAAGGACCGUGUGAAGCUGCCAUAAACUGCAGAGACAAUGGGGAUGGGACAUGUUCUGUUGCAUACCUGCCCACGGAGCCCGGAGACUAUGGUAUCAACAUUACCUUCAAUGAUUGUCACAUUCCGGGCUCACCGUUCCAGGCAUUGGUGGUGCCAGAUACAGAUCUGAAGCGCAUCAAAGUGUCGGGAAAUGGCAUUCAACCUCAUGGUGUGUAUGUUGAUUCCCCCACGGAUUUUGUUGUUGAUUCACGUGCCAUUGCCAAACGUGAUGAUGGGAAGGUUACAUGUACCAUCACUAAUCCUUCUGGAACCAAGACUGAGAAUCUCAUUACACCAUUAGCUGAUGGCACAUACCGAAUUAGUUACACCCCAUUUGAAGAAGGCCGUCACACAAUUGAUAUCUUGUAUGAUGGCCUUCCAAUUCCUGGCUCUCCAUUUGUGGUAAAUGUACGCCGGGGCUGUGAUCCCAGCAAAUGCAGGGCAUUUGGACCUGGUUUGGAGCAUGGUUUGGUGAAUCAAGCAAAUAUAUUUACUGUAGAAACAAAAGGUGCAGGCACUGGAGGUUUGGGAUUGGCUAUCGAGGGUCCUUCUGAGGCUAAAAUGACAUGUAAAGACAAUCGUGAUGGUUCUUGCUCAGUGGAAUAUAUUCCCACAGAACCAGGAGAUUAUGAUGUCAGCAUAAAGUUUGCUGAUCAGCACAUCCCUGGUUCUCCAUUCAAGGUGCCUGUGGAUAAUACUGUGGAUGCAUCUUCAGUCAGAGCGUAUGGGCCAGGUUUGGAUCCCAAGAAAUGCCGUGCUGGCACACCUCUAGCAUUCAAAGUUGAUGCAACCAAGUCUGGCAAGGCUCCAUUGGGCGUUAAUAUCCAAUCAGACAGAGGGACAUUGGCACCAGAAGUCCGAGAUAAUGGUGAUGGAACUUAUGAUGUCACCUAUGUGCCACCUUCAGAAGGCAGUAAUGUCAAAGCUAAAAUAACUUGGGAUGGGAAGGAUAUCCCAAACAGCCCAUACCAAUUAAAAGUUCGUCCACGAGUGGAACCAGAUCAGGUUAAAGUUGAGGGCCCUGGUGUGUCAGGCAAGGGCAUUCCUGCAUCCUUACCAGCAGAAUUUACCAUUGACACAAGUCAGGCAGGCUAUGGGGACCUUGAGGUUCAAGUGAAGGGUCCUGAUGGUUAUCCCCGGAAAGUGAAGGUGGCAGACAAUGGGGAUGGCAUAUUUAAAGCAACCUACAUUCCUGAUGAUUGUGGGCGAUACAAAGUUAGUGUCAAAUAUGGUGGAAAAGAAGUGCCACAUGCUCCAUUCCAAGUUCAAGCUUUUGCAACCGGCAGUGCAGAGAAAUGUCGUAUCACAGAAGGUAUUCAGCAUGCUUUGACAAGUGGGGAAGAAUACUGCAUCACUGUGAAUGCUCAGAAUGCUGGCUAUGGAGCUGUCACCUGCCGUAUUCGUUCCACAUCAGGCAGUGACUUGGACAUCGAUAUUGAAGACAAUGGAGACGGAACGUUCAGCAUCUACUACACGGUGAAGGAUGCAGGUGACUAUACCCUGAGUGUGAAAUUUGGUGGCCAACCGGUACCAGAUGGCUUCUAUACUUUCACGGCUGCAUCAGAGGACUACGUGAAGCAGACAACAGCUUCCAAGGAUACCCGACACCCUGGUCAGCAGCAGUAUCGCCCUGUGCAGUUGGACAACAUCCCUCUGCCUACCACAGGAGGGCACGUUACAGCUGAAAUAAAAAUGCCAAGUGGAAACAUAGACAAACCGAUUAUUGAAGACAACCGAGAUGGAACUGUAAGCGUUAAAUAUGAGCCUCGAGAGGAAGGGCUGCAUGAACUCUCAGUGAAAUAUAAUGGAGAACAUGUACAAGGUUCACCAUUCAGAUUCCAUGUGGAUUCUCUCAGUAGUGGGUAUGUGACAGCAUAUGGACCAGGUCUUACCCAUGGUGUUUGUGGUGAACCCUCCAAUUUUACUAUCUCAACGAAGGGGGCAGGAGCAGGUGGUUUGUCCUUGGCAGUUGAAGGUCCAAGCAAAGCAGAGAUCAGCUGCCAUGACAACAAAGAUGGCACAGUAUCAGUAUCAUAUUUACCAACAGCUCCAGGAGAAUAUAAAAUCUCUGUCAAGUUCGGUGACAAGCAUAUCAAGGGCAGUCCCUACAAUGCAAAGAUAACAGGAGAAGGAAGGAAAAGGAACCAAAUCUCAGUUGGCUCCUGCAGUGAAGUGUCAUUCCCAGGAAAGGUUUCAGAUGCAGACAUCAGAUCACUGAAUGCCUCAAUCCAAGCACCAAGUGGACUGGAAGAACCUUGCUUCUUGAAACGACUUCCAAAUGGCAAUAUUGGAAUAUCCUUUACUCCUCGUGAGGUUGGAGAACAUACUGUAUCUGUGAAGCGCCUCGGUAAACACAUUGCCAAUUCACCUUUCAAGAUAAAUGUUGGAGAGAGAGAAGUUGGAGAUGCCAAGAAGGUGAAAGUGUCAGGGUCUGCCCUCAAGGAAGGCAAAACACAUGUGGACAACACAUUCACUGUGGACACCCGGAAUGCAGGUUAUGGUGGUCUUUCCCUCUCAAUUGAGGGUCCUAGCAAGGCAGAGAUUCAGUGCAAAGACAAUGAAGAUGGAACUCUGAACAUCUCAUACAAGCCCACAGAACCUGGUUACUACAUUGUGAAUCUCAAGUUCGCUGACCACCAUGUGGAUGGCUCACCCUUCACUGUGAAGGUUGGCGGAGAAGGCUCAAACAGACAACGGGAGAAGAUCCAACGCCAAAGAGAAGCUGUACCCAUUACAGAAGUUGGCAGCGAGUGUAAACUGACCUUCAAGAUGCCAGGAAUCACAUCAUUUGAUCUUUCUGCCACGGUGACAUCACCUGGAGGAGUGACUGAGGAUGCAGAGAUCAAUGAAGUUGAAGAUGGUCUGUAUGCUGUUCACUUUGUUCCGAAGGAACUGGGCGUCCAUACAGUGUCAGUUAAAUACAAAGACAUACAUAUACCAGGGUCACCAUUCCAGUUCACUGUUGGCCCACUUAAAGAUGGAGGUGCACAUCGUGUACAUGCCGGUGGCCCAGGUCUUGAACGAGGUGAACAGGGCCAACCCUGUGAAUUCAAUGUUUGGACUCGUGAGGCAGGAGCCGGUUCCCUUGCCAUAUCUGUUGAGGGCCCCAGCAAAGCAGGAAUAGACUUCAAGGACCGUAAGGAUGGUUCUUGCUACGUCAGUUAUGUGGUCUCAGAACCAGGUGAAUACCGAGUGGGAAUCAAGUUCAAUGAUCAACACAUCCCUGACUCCCCUUACAAGCUGUUCAUCUCCCCAGCAAUGGGGGAUGCACACAAGCUGGAGGUAUUCCAGUUUCCAAGUGCUGGCGUACAAGCAGACAAGCCUGCAGCCUUCCUUGUGCGGAAGAAUGGAGCUAAGGGAGAGCUGGACGCUAAGAUUGUUUCCCCAUCUGGAACUGAGGAUGAUUGCUUCAUCCAGACAAUAGAUUCUGACACUUACUCAGUGCGGUUUAUGCCUCGAGAAAAUGGUAUUCACAACAUCCAUGUGAAGUUCAAUGGUGUUCACAUCCCAGGCUCACCAUACCGCAUCAAAGUUGGUAAAGAGGAUGCAGACCCAGCAGCAGUCCAUGCGCAUGGAAAUGGGCUGGGUGAGGUGAAGACAGGCCAGAAGACAGACUUCCUAGUUGACACAUGUAGUGCUGGUGCUGGAACACUGGCAGUGACAAUAGAUGGCCCAUCCAAAGUGUCAAUGGAUUGUACAGAAGUGGAAGAAGGUUACAAAGUGCGCUACACCCCCCUUGUACCAGGUGACUACUUCAUCAGCAUCAAGUACAAUGGCUACCACAUCGUGGGCUCACCAUUCAAGGUUACGUGUACAGGUGAGGAUCUGGCAGAGAGAGGAGCUCAAGAAACAUCAUCUGUUGUCGUAGAAACUGUGCAGAAGGUGGCCAAGAGCAAACAAGUAGGACCUGUUCUUCCCUUGUUCAAGUCAGAUGCUUCAAAAGUGACUAGCAAAGGCAUGGGCCUCAAGAAAGCAUAUCUGCAAAAGCAGAAUAUGUUCACAGUUCAUGCAGGAGAUGCAGGGAACAAUAUUCUGUAUGUGGGUGUGUAUGGGCCCAAAAGCCCAUGUGAAGAGGUGUUCAUCAAACAUAUGGGUCGCAACAACUACCAAGUAAACUAUGUUGUGCGGGAUCGAGGCGAAUACAUUGUCAUUGUGAAGUGGGGAGAUGAUCAUAUCCCAGGCUCACCCUUUAAAGUGGAAGUGUGAUUGCUGAGUUUCCAUGGCAUUUCGUACGUUUAUUACCUAAGCAAUAUCAGCAAAUUUCUAGGAUUUAACAUUAAGGAAGGAUUUUGAAGUGCCACAGAAACUCAACUGGAAAGAAUGUAAUGGUGGAUUACGCAUUCAUAUCUGGGUACGUUUAGGAGGAUAGUAAUAAGUACUUCAAUAACAGCAUUUUAACUAGAAUAUGGGGAAGUAGAAAGUGCUUGAAGGAUGUAUUCAUUCACAUUCAGAACACAGUGAAAUGGUUCUUUGUUGUGGAUUCCUGAGGCCAUUCACUAGAUAGCAGCUGCACAUCUGACAUCUUAAAUUUUUCAAAUGUAAGAGACUAUAUGAGUAUAUAUGACAUUUCUUUCACUUUUAUCGUGAUACAUAAUUAGAGCAUACGAGUACAUGGCAACCAGAGGCCUCCUUUGUGUGAAGCUAUUUUUAAUUUUGGAUUGUACAGUAUGUUAAUUUAUUUUCCCAAACAUCUGAAGAAAGUGACAAAACAGCAUAUCAGGUGUUCCACCAUUAAUAGCCGAGUAGCCAUGGACGUGAUAUUCCAAUGACAUGUGAACUUGCAUGUAUAGAAUUUAAAAUCGCAGUGUGGUUUACAGUGUGCUCAUUUAUUUUUGGACAGUUAAUUUCAGAAACGCUGAACUUGUCGAGACAUUUGCGAUAGUUUCUUAAGGAAGUCUUCCACACAUGAACUCAAAACCAUUCCACUUGCCACUUCCCAGCAUGUGUUGCAGAAGAGACAAAUCAUUCCACUUGAGUUUCUGUGAUAUACCAUCCUGCUGUUUCAAUGUGGUAAAAAGUGCCUUAAAUGAUACAUAUUGUUAAUUUCUGAUAACCUGCAGUCAGAAAUAUUAUUGGCAAUGAUACACAGGACAUCCACCAAUGAUCUGACCAUUUAACAGAAUUGUGCCUUGCAACCAAUGUAUGCAGAAUCUUUACCGUUCUCUUGGCAACAUCAAUUAGCAUUUAAGGAUGGGAAAUCCUGGUUUCCUAGUCAGUUGAAAUUUUGAAUUUAAAUGAUUUAAAGAAUUAUGUUUUCUAUUUUAAGCUGCUUUACACUUGUUUUAUCAAACUGUGCUAUGUGUAAUUUGGACAAAAUAUUUUAUUAUAUGUUGCUCAAUAUGUAUGUUACACAGUACUCUGCCAAAAUUCAGAUAAUAAAGAAAAUGUGAUAACAAUUGAAAAAUGAGAACCAGGGAGAGGUUUGUAAUGAGAAGAACAAUAUAUAGAGUGAACUCCACCAUUUUCUCAGUUGCUAUUACAUACAGACUGGAGUCGUAAAAUCUGCUUGUGUGAUAUUUAUAUGCACCUUUUAUUGUUACACAUUGAAAUACUCUACAAACAUAAAAUCAUUAUAGAAUUGCAGAUGUUAUGGUCGUUUCCUGGUAGUCAUGUGCAUGUAUCUAAGGCCGGCAAGGAAUAAUGUUUUUUCCUUCAAUUUUAUACUAUUUAUUUUUCAUUCUUUUCAUUUGCUUGUUCUUACUAUCUUUUAUCUUCCAGAGUCUAUUAUUGUUACUAGUGGCGACAUGCAAGUAACGUCAUAUUAUUAAGUAGUGUGUCACUGUUAGAUUUAUAUGCCCAUAUAUUUAAUUUACACUGCCCUUACUAAAAUUCAGUCUUUUAAUACAAUUAAAAUUAUUCAAAAUGAUUGUAGAAUUGUCAGCCUCGUUUGUUUCAAAUGAAUGUAUGUAGAUUGAGUCCCAUUUAACAAAUGAAGAGAAGAUUGCCAAAUUUGUAUGAAUACUAUGUGUGUUUGAAGCAACAUUCAUGCUUCAGAUUCAAAAGACAAAGCAAAAUCUCAAUUUCAGUCAUUUUGAAGUGUAUUUUAAUAUAACUUUAUUUCCUUGGCUCUUUGAUAGGGUAUAGUACCCAAUGACCAGUCGCCACUGAUUGUUGCAGAUGAUAUUUUUGUAGUUAGUAUGAUACAUGACAGUUUUGUUAGAGGAAAUCAAUUUAAAUAUAGCUUUGAGCUUUUUAUUGCAGAAUUCUCAAGUAAAUAGCAAGUGCCUUACACUGUGACAAAAGAAAUAAUGAAUUCUGAGCAAAGUUUUUAUUAGAUUGCAGAAAACUUGUAAUUUUUUCUUUAUGCUGUAGCUUAUAACUAGUGUAAUAUAUUAUAAAAUAAAUCCUGUACAUAUUUC